AACAGACAUAGCUAAAUAUAAAAGAGAAAACAGCUUUGUACGACAACAGUUGAAACAAGGAAUCUUUUAAAAGGGACCCUGCUAAACAACAACAACGUCAAACUUUUACAUUGGAUAAAAACUAAACGUAAACAGCAUACUAAACAUUAAAACUGUAUUUGAAAUUACAGGAAACUACCCUGGUGUAAAGGUGGGUUGAUCAGUUUUAUGUUUCCUACCAUUUCUAGAUGUUUUUGGUCAACAGACUAGGUUAUUAAUAAUUAAAUAUUAAAGUAAUUGAAUCAGGCUUGAGGUCUGUUCCAUAACACCAAUAAUCAGCUGUUUUCUCUAAAUGGUGGAACAAACCCAGAGGACUUCUCUAAAAAAGCAGUUUUCUACACAGAUGGGCCACUCAUCUCACUGACGGCGUUAUCUAACGAAAACCACAGAGAGAACGGUUAUUGAGGCCUUUAAAGAGCUCAAAGCUCCUCUUCAGAGCUCUUCACGCUCUCCCCUGAAACCACAGCUCACUGCUCAAAUCUGCAGAAGGUAACAAUUAAAGAAACAGGAGAGUUGAGAGGAAGUCAGCUUGAAGAUGGCAAACCACAGACAAACUCAAGAAAUGAUGAAAGCGGUGUUAAGGUGCACAGAGUUAGAGGUCUCGGAAAUAACAAGAGUGCAUGAACGUUGGGGAGUUCAGUGGAUCUGUCUGCAGAAGAAGGAUAACGUGGGAAGGAACCCCUGUGCAGGACCUUUUUCAGACCCCUCACUGACUCACCUCCACGGCUGCCAUCCCCGUUUCAAAGAGGAAGAGGCUUAACACCAGAAAGAGGAAGCAGAAUGUUCAGACUUUAUUCACGUCUCUGUUGUGUUACAUAAUAAUGAUGAGGUCGGUGGAGCAGUUCUCAUGUCAGUCGGCUGCAAAGGAACGACGUUGAUGAUCUUCAUCAUGGGGCCUGAAUCCUGCAGGAACAUCCUGAAGUUGUUCAUUUUGGCUGAGCUGAUUCUCGCCGUAAACGCUGACCGUGAUGAGUGCGACGUGGAAAUGAAAGUGCGCCGGAACACAGUUUACGAAGCGUCUGUUGAAGGUGAACUCAGGAUUAAGUGUCCCGUUGUGUUCUGCAACAAGUCACCUCCAGCAGUCACCUGGAUUAAAUGGGAGAAAACUUUUGUUCCUGUAACCAUCAGCGAUCGGGUUCAACUAGAGUGGACAACUAAUCAGCAGGAAGGAACCUCCUACCUGGUCUUCCAUAACGUCCUCAGAAGUGAUGCGGGAACAUAUCGGUGUGGAAGUGGAGGCAGUGUGAGUCAUAACAUCUACCUCAUUGUGAACGAUGGGAAAGUAAACGAUACAAGUACAGAAAGAGCAAAAACCACAAACCCUGGAACUAAAGACAACUUCAUGAUGUGCAUGUACUCUGCUGCUGGGAUUGGUGCAUUCAUCGUCAUGGUGAUCAUCGUGUCUGUGGUAUCCAUGAGAGGGUGCAAAGGGAAAUCAAAGAAAGAGCCAGAAAAGGAAAGUCAGUACAUCGAGCUCCCCGCGGUAGAAUGGCCCACCGAGCACCUCUCCGGCCGCGAGCCCUCUCCCAGAGGAAGCCCCAACCCGCCGCCCUCUCAUAGAUCCAAUGAGAAAAAGACACCGAGGCAACCUGAAGAGGCAACGUCAGGAGAUAACGAGCAUCUUUAUGGGCAGACGAAAAAGAUUAAAAACAGUAAAGGCAAGGCAGCACCGCCACAGGAACCUAGUUCUGUUGUGUAUGCUUCUCUGAACCAUCAGCUGCCACCUAGGACAGGUGCUCGGGCUCAGAUACCGGUGGAACAGACAGAGUAUGCAGCCAUACGUCUGGGUUAAACUUUCAGGAGCUCAGGAUCUCCUGACAGCAAGGACUUUUGGAUGCGUUCUCCUUGGAUGCACCUGCAGGGUCGGAUUCACUCCAAACAACACAGUUCAAACCAACAACUUAAUGUGUGGAAUUAUGAGCCCCUCCACCAUUUACGAGUCAAACCUGACCUGAAAUUAAAGUGUUUCAUUUUAUUACUUUAGCAUCUAUCGUUGUCUACAUUUCCCAUGGGGCGCUCUUUUGGUGCUGGGUAAGCGUUAUGCUAGUGGUCUAGCAUAACGUUUACCCAGAGAUAAACACAUUGGUCCUUUUCAGAAACUGACUGUUAGUUAAUGUUUUACAGAAAAGAAAUGUGCAUUUUACUCUCCAGCUCAGUCAACAGAGAAGGUUUUAAACAGCAAUCGUUUACAUUGUAAUGAUCGAUUAAUUACCUUUAAUUAAGGAAAAAUAAGACAUUAAAAUAUAGUAUGAAUUCCAUCUUAUGGAUACUGGGUUAUUUAAAUCAGAAGAUUGGAUCUUUUUAUUAUAGGGAUUUUAAAAUAACACUUUGCAUUAACUGAGAGACAAGAGAAGAGAGAGAGACUUUCAAACGUUUAAGCAAAUUUAAUACUAAAUAAUUUUAAACAAUUUAACAAGACUAACUCUCUAAUGAUGGAUGUUCUGUUUGAAUGAAGUGUGAGGUGAAUGGUGAGUGUGAAUGAUGUCAAAUUCAGAACCCUUGCAUCCGGCGAAGCAAGUCUGAGUGGGAGAUGAUGUUUUGCUCCUAACUGAUCAGAGUUUGAGACCCGUAAUCAUUAACACAUGAGACGCCAUUGUGUCGCAUCCACAUACCCUCAGUGAGAGGGAUGGAUCCAGGAUGCCAGGUCCUCGGACCUUCCUUCCGGUACUGGAGCCAAUGGUACUGCGUCACAGCAUGACAAACUAGUCCUUGGAUUGUCUCCAGGUAAAAGUGACAGACGUUUCACAGCGUCAAAAAGGGACCCUCCUUGGGUCAGCGAGUUCAGCUUUUAUUCUGAAGGAACCGUUGCUUGUUGGUAAAAACAACAGAUUUUCCCAGCUUGAAUGGUUCUCAGCUUAAAAAGAGAAGUAUAGAUGACCUGUCCAUACUUCACUCAACAUGCAGUGAACUUCAUGGGAACUUGAGAAGAGAUCUUGAAUACUGACUUAAGAUGGCGUCGGAACUGCUUUAUUAAUCUGGAUGUUUUUGAUUCUGGAAGAAUCAAAGCUGACAGAUUUAAUAAACACCACAGAGACUCUGCCACGCUUCAGACUAGGAAGGUUCUGAUUGGAUCAGUACAGCAAUGUGUCAUGUGAUUAUUUACCUUAGUGUAUCAGCGUGUCUAGUGACUAGAACAAGUCAGUUACUUAUUAAAAACAUAUUAAUCAUAAUAAUGUGAUUUCACAGAUUGAUCAUUUUGUAUUAUUGACUAACAGUCGUUUUGAUUAGCUUUAUUGAAAGUAGAGUUCUUUGAUUUUGAUAAAAGAAAAGAGUCUUCAUCUUCUGUCUUCAUUGCUGGAAAGUAAACAGUUUAGAAGCGAAUGCAUGACCUUGAGGCUGUUUCAUGCAUUCUGGCGCUGUGUCAAAGGGAACUGUGGAAAAGAUUGAAUAACCUUGGAGGAAUAGCUCCUUCAUCACGUUGCAACAUGUUAAUUCAAAGGUUGAAGGAAGGUACAUAUAUGGUUAGCUAUGCUACCAAAAAUAAAAGGCAUGCUAUGAGGAAUGCUAACUGCCCAAUUUACAAACUGUUUUCUGAACGUUUCGUCUUUGUUUUCUACUUUUAGUUUGAUAAAUAGUGUUGGGAAAAGAGGAGCUAAUAUGCUGUUAGCAUGUAGCAAAGGCUACAAGACGACCAAAGAAAAUGUAAAAAGUUCAUUGGUUUUACUGGUUUUACACAUUCUACUAGCAAGCUUUCAGUUUGUACUUGAUUUAGCAAGUAAUUAAAAUAUUUAUACUGUAUUGGAUACGUUUAGGAAAAAAAUGUUUCUAUAGACACCAUUAGCUCAUUAUUAGCUUCCAAACUGUAUUAAUCUUUGUUAGCACAGCUUUAGUAAAAUUCAUCAACAGGAGUUUCACAUUUCAUUUAGCGCUGGUCUAAUUUUUUUUUUUGCAGAAAGUGUUGAACAAAGGUUUUCGAUUCCUCCAGACCUGUGUAUUAAACAAAAGCAGUUCUGGAUUACAGUACCUCUCAAUCUGUGUGUUAAUAAAACCAGGCUGCGAGGUCAGAGAGAGGUCUGUGUGUGUAUGAUUUGACUCCUGAUCUCCCAAUGUUGUAAAUAAUGGAUGUGCUUCACUACUCUGCUGUUUUUGGUGAAUAUAUGUUGUGGCUUUAGCCUUUUACUGACCUCUGUGGGGUCCAGUAUGCAAUAAAUAUUCAGGGUAGAUGCUGUCUGGGAUAUGUUUAUGAUUGGCUUAAAGCAGACCGCUGGAGUGGAGAAGAGAAGGAAAGGGGGUACCCUCUCUCUCCUUGACUGAUGACCAGAAGAAAGAAAUGAGGUAAUGCCGGAAGGACACCAAGCAAGAGACGCUGGGAGGAGUCACAAAGGCCGGCAGAGUGUUUCCUGAAGCUGGAGUUGUCGUGGAGAUAAAGAGGAGACCAGAAGGAGGGGGAAGUGAAGGAAUAAAAAGGGGGGCACAGAAGAAGUUGGGAGUUCUGAGUUCUGGAAGAGUUCUGUACGAGUUCAGUGGAGCUCGGUGUUUUUGUCUGACCCGCUGCGAUGGGGUGAUUCUGUUUCGAUUAAUCUUUUUUCAUCCUAUUAAAAAAAAAACCUUGGUUUCUUAUUGUAAGAAACUUAAAAGGAUUUUCGGUGCCUGGGGUCUCCGGUGGUGUUGUGUAAACGAAAAGGUGAGAUGCUGGUUACUUGUUAUCCCACUCCAAGAGGUUUACUCCAGUCAGUUUAGAGUCAUUAACCUGAGCAAUACAUGAGCUGCAGGUGACUAAGAUGUGUUUGGGUUUGAACCGAGUCUUCCUUUGAGCUGCAAGCAGUUUGCCGGGAUCAAAGUCUGGGUUAGUGGUGAUCGCUGAUCAGCUCCUAUAGUGUGCAGGCAGUCAUAGAGAGCGACUGAAUAUCACGCCCACGCAUAAAUAGAAAUACAAGUCAACCCUGAGACGUAACAUCUGUUAAAGAGUCAGCUAGUUUGGGAAGAUGGCUUGUAACAGAAAGUUUGUUAAAUUUAUAACAAUAUCAUUUGUAGUGUAGAUAAUCUACAUACUAGAAUUUAACGCUGUUGCUGUUCAGCUCUGUUAAAUCCUGAAAAAGAUCAAAGAAUUUGGCUUAUG